UGUGUCUUUGUACUUCCCUGAAAAAUUUGCACUCUUUCUCCCCUCAGUGUCAAUCAAGGUCACGCGACAUUUUCUCAAAGAUGGCGGAUGAGUUGAGGUUUGAUGGUCGUGUAGUUCUUGUCACAGGGGCAGGAGGAGGGCUAGGGAAGGAAUAUGCGCUCGCUUUUGCCUCUAGAGGUGCUUAUGUUGUAGUGAACGAUCUCGGAGGAGAUGCUAAAGGAGGAGGUAAAAACAGCGCGGCGGCCGACAAGGUGGUGGAAGAAAUUCGUUCUCGCGGAGGCAAAGCGGUCGCUGAUUACAACUCUGUCGAGGAUGGCGACAAAGUUGUCCAAACAGCACUGGAUGCAUUCGGUCGGAUUGAUGUUCUUAUAAACAACGCUGGCAUUCUGAGGGACCGAUCGUUCGGGCGAACAAGCGAUGUCGAUUGGGAUCUCGUCCAUCGGGUGCAUCUUAGAGGGGCGUUCAAAGUGACCCGGGCCGCCUGGCCUCAUAUGCGCAAACAGAAGUACGGCAAAAUCAUCAUGACUUCCUCGACCUCUGGUGUCUUGGGGAAUUUCGGUCAAGCGAACUACAGUGCAGCUAAAAUGGGCCUUAUUGGUCUCAGCAACACUUUGUCCAUUGAAGGCACAAAGUACAAUGUGCUUAGCAAUGCCAUUGUCCCUACUGCCGCGUCAAGGUUAACUAAGGGACUAAUGCCGCCAGAUGUGUUUGACGCCUUAAAGCCGGAAUAUAUUGCACCUUUUGUUGUGUACCUUUGUCAUGAAAGCUGUUUGGAGACUGGCGGUGUAUUUGAGAUGGCUGGUGGGUGGGGUGCGCAGUUAAGGUGGCAUGAAAGCACAGGUGAAAUGCUGAGAAAGGGUGGUGUCACUGUGACGCCUGAAAUGGUGCGAGACAACUGGGAAAAAAUCACAGACUGGUCAGGGCCUGUGAAGGAGAAGAAAAGGGAGGAGAACAUGACAGAUAUUAUAGCCAAAAUUGAAGAAGCUAAUGAGACUGUGCCAGAUAGUCAAAGCUCGAGCAUGGAAGGAAAAGCCAAACAGCACAAAGUUGCAGAAUCAAGUUUUACAUAUGAGGCCAAGGAUGUGAUCCUAUAUGCACUUGGAGUAGGGGUAACGGUGCAAGAGGACUCAUCUCAUCUCAAGUUUCUUUAUGAAGGAGCUGACGACUUCAGCACAUUGCCAACAUUUGGAGUUAUUCCAGCUCAGGUUAGCUUAAGUUCUGUUGUCAUGACAGCAGUAGAACAAGCUGGACUGCCGUUCAAUCCUGCAAAGCUUCUUCAUGGUGAACAGUAUCUGGAGCUCUACAAACCUCUGCUACCAUCAGGCACCUUGACAACCAAAGGAGAAGUUGGAGACAUCCUUGACAAAGGGAAAGGAGCACUUGUGCUUGUAAAUGUCACCAGUUACGAUGACAGUCGGGAAGCAGUGUGCUUCAAUCAGUUCUCCAUCUACAUUGGUGGUGCUGGAGGGUUUGGAGGAAAAAAACGAUCAGAGCAUGCCAAGCCACUUGUUGCUGUACCGACCCGUGCACCUGAUGCUAGUGUCCAGGAGAAGACUAGCUGCUGCCAGGCUGCCAUUUAUCGACUGAGUGGUGAUAAAAAUCCAAUUCACAUUGAUCCAGAUUUUGCCAAGAUGGGAGGUACAGUAAAGCUUUCAUGCUACUCAAUCAUUUAUAGAAGAAAGAAGUUUGAUGUUUCUAGAGCCCUCGCUCUUUGUCCUGCUUUAUGUUGGUUUUGGUUGAAAACCCACUUUUUUUUUCUGUGUCUUUGUACUUCCCUGAAAAAUUUGCACUCUUUCUCCCCUCAGUGUCAAUCAAGGUCACGCGACAUUUUCUCAAAGAUGGCGGAUGAGUUGAGGUUUGAUGGUCGUGUAGUUCUUGUCACAGGGGCAGGAGGAGGGCUAGGGAAGGAAUAUGCGCUCGCUUUUGCCUCUAGAGGUGCUUAUGUUGUAGUGAACGAUCUCGGAGGAGAUGCUAAAGGAGGAGGUAAAAACAGCGCGGCGGCCGACAAGGUGGUGGAAGAAAUUCGUUCUCGCGGAGGCAAAGCGGUCGCUGAUUACAACUCUGUCGAGGAUGGCGACAAAGUUGUCCAAACAGCACUGGAUGCAUUCGGUCGGAUUGAUGUUCUUAUAAACAACGCUGGCAUUCUGAGGGACCGAUCGUUCGGGCGAACAAGCGAUGUCGAUUGGGAUCUCGUCCAUCGGGUGCAUCUUAGAGGGGCGUUCAAAGUGACCCGGGCCGCCUGGCCUCAUAUGCGCAAACAGAAGUACGGCAAAAUCAUCAUGACUUCCUCGACCUCUGGUGUCUUGGGGAAUUUCGGUCAAGCGAACUACAGUGCAGCUAAAAUGGGCCUUAUUGGUCUCAGCAACACUUUGUCCAUUGAAGGCACAAAGUACAAUGUGCUUAGCAAUGCCAUUGUCCCUACUGCCGCGUCAAGGUUAACUAAGGGACUAAUGCCGCCAGAUGUGUUUGACGCCUUAAAGCCGGAAUAUAUUGCACCUUUUGUUGUGUACCUUUGUCAUGAAAGCUGUUUGGAGACUGGCGGUGUAUUUGAGAUGGCUGGUGGGUGGGGUGCGCAGUUAAGGUGGCAUGAAAGCACAGGUGAAAUGCUGAGAAAGGGUGGUGUCACUGUGACGCCUGAAAUGGUGCGAGACAACUGGGAAAAAAUCACAGACUGGUCAGGGCCUGUGAAGGAGAAGAAAAGGGAGGAGAACAUGACAGAUAUUAUAGCCAAAAUUGAAGAAGCUAAUGAGACUGUGCCAGAUAGUCAAAGCUCGAGCAUGGAAGGAAAAGCCAAACAGCACAAAGUUGCAGAAUCAAGUUUUACAUAUGAGGCCAAGGAUGUGAUCCUAUAUGCACUUGGAGUAGGGGUAACGGUGCAAGAGGACUCAUCUCAUCUCAAGUUUCUUUAUGAAGGAGCUGACGACUUCAGCACAUUGCCAACAUUUGGAGUUAUUCCAGCUCAGGUUAGCUUAAGUUCUGUUGUCAUGACAGCAGUAGAACAAGCUGGACUGCCGUUCAAUCCUGCAAAGCUUCUUCAUGGUGAACAGUAUCUGGAGCUCUACAAACCUCUGCUACCAUCAGGCACCUUGACAACCAAAGGAGAAGUUGGAGACAUCCUUGACAAAGGGAAAGGAGCACUUGUGCUUGUAAAUGUCACCAGUUACGAUGACAGUCGGGAAGCAGUGUGCUUCAAUCAGUUCUCCAUCUACAUUGGUGGUGCUGGAGGGUUUGGAGGAAAAAAACGAUCAGAGCAUGCCAAGCCACUUGUUGCUGUACCGACCCGUGCACCUGAUGCUAGUGUCCAGGAGAAGACUAGCUGCUGCCAGGCUGCCAUUUAUCGACUGAGUGGUGAUAAAAAUCCAAUUCACAUUGAUCCAGAUUUUGCCAAGAUGGGAGGCUUCUCAAGUCCUAUCCUUCAUGGUCUGUGCACAUUUGGUUAUGCUGCACGUCAUGUAUUGAAGCAGUAUGCAAACAAUGAUGUGAGUAAAUUCAAGGCCAUCAAAGCAAGGUUUUCCAAACCCGUUUAUCCUGGUCAGACAAUCCAGACUGACAUGUGGCAAGAGGGCAACAGGAUUUCUCUUCAGUGCAAAGCUGUUGAAUCUGGUCAGGUGGUGCUGUCAGGUGGUUAUGUUGACUUGAAGGAUAUUGAUAUUGGCAAGGAGACAAUACCAUCCCCACAGGAUGUUAACACAUUGUUGUCAAGCCCCGGCAAGUCAGGUUUAAAGAGCGAAGUCCUGUUCAAUGAAAUCAGCAAACGGGUCUCUGAUCACCCUGACCUUGUCAAGAAGGUCAAUGGCAUCUUUGAAUGGAAUGUGACGAAAGGGGGCAAGACUGCUGGCCAGUGGACAGUGGAUCUGAAAAGAGGCGCUGGUUCUGUGACAGUAGGUCCAUGUAAGCAAGGCAAGCCAGACUGCAGUAUAAUUGUGGACGACGAUGACUUGGCCUCCAUAGCUGCAGGAAAGUCGAACCCUCAGCAGUUAUUCAUGAAGGGAAAGCUGAAAGUAAAAGGGAACAUCAUGCUUACCACAAAGUUGGCGCAGUUGUUCAAGGAUCGUGCUAAGAUGUAAAGAGCGUUGAGUGACUGAUGUGAACGCAUUUUUGUGAGUGCGAAAAAAUGAUCAUGUAGUCUUUUAUAGUCGUAUAAUUAAUGUAGUCCUCUCUACAUGUUCAAGAUUUACUAACUAAAUGUUGUAUUUUUCAUUCUUUUAUAAUGGAUAUCACAACUUCCGAAUCCAGUUACAAAGGUUGUCUUGUAUUGGGUGCCGUGAAGUCAGUUGUAUCCAUUGAUUAACCUGAAAGGGAGAGGUUUCAAAUACACUCUGGUAAAUAAUAUUGAUUCUGUGUUUUAAUACAGAAUCAAAUAGUGAUUAAAAUCGCUACCUUGUAAGGCUAGCAUGAGGUAUAUUUUCAGAAAAAGAAAUACUAGUCGACCUUGAAAUUUUAAAAUUGUACUCUUUAUUUGAAUGGAGGAAGUACAAUCAAACCUCACCUUACGUACACUUCUAUAUCACCGACAUUUCUUUUGUUCUUAGAAAAAGCUGUUCUGACGGUGACCUCUCAUACGGACAGUCAGUUUUACCUUUUUGGUGCCUCAGUCCGUAUAACUGUCAGUCAAACUGUCUGUUUGACAUUUGACAAAAUGCCGUGCAAUUUGGUAGUUUUAUAAACCAACUGGAGCACGAAGCAAAAACGUGCAACCCGUUCCAAACGCGGGAAAAAGCCAAUUCUACGUGAUUGGUUUAAAAAAUAGCAUCUUUGUUCUGAUUGGUUACAGUCAGGCCGUCAUGUGACAUGUGAUCCUUAUAACCAAACGCGUUCCUAGGCUCUCUCUUCCCUGCCUCCCUUGGUCGGCAGAGGAGAGAGACUCUGGGAACGACGUUGCCUUAUAACCUGUAGAAUUCUUAGACGGUUUUCAAUUGAGUGUCGUAAAACCAAGCACAAACCAGUUACCUACCACUUAGACUACUCAGCCAAUCUCUCACCUUAGUAAGACCAAAACCAAAGUAAUUGCCUGGUUACUUUCGACACUUAUUGAAAACCUCUCUAACGCAGAAGCAACAAAUUUAGACAUAUUGCUUUUGGCAGUCGAACCACAACUUUCUAUAAAGUCAAGUUUUUACAACAAAUUAAAUAUAUCAACUGGAAUUUCAGCUAAAUACAUAUUGAUACACUACAGUUAAAGUAAGGGAUAAAUUUUGUAGUUGUCGAUCAAUUAUUGGUUUGUUCAAUAAACUAAAUUAUUGUGCAAAA